CGACAAGAUCCUUGCGACGGUGCGAUGCCUCCAGUCGUAUGUGAGAUCUGUAAAGACGCGCGAGCGGCCGUCAUCAGACCCAAAAACUCACAGAAGAUUUGCAAACAGUGUUUCUUGAAUGUUUUCGAAAGGGAAAUUCACGAGACCAUCGUGAGUAAUAAUUUAUUUUACCGUGGCGAGCGAGUGGCGAUUGGUGCAUCUGGGGGGAAAGACUCGACAGUGCUCGCUUCGGUCCUCAAGACCUUGAACGAGCGACACGACUACGGUCUGGAUCUUGUUCUCUUAUCCAUCGAUGAGGGUAUCAAAGGAUAUCGAGACGACAGUCUAGAAACCGUCAAGAGGAACGCACAACAAUAUGCCAUGCCGCUCGAGAUUGUGGGCUAUGACCAACUCUAUGGCUGGACCAUGGACCAAGUCGUGGCCCAAGUGGGCAAGAAAGGCAAUUGCACCUAUUGUGGGGUGUUUCGACGACAGGCACUGGAUAGAGGUGCCGCGAAACUGGGUAUCAAGCAUGUCGUUACUGGGCACAACGCAGAUGAUGUUGCGGAGACUGUCAUGAUGAAUCUUUUGCGGGCCGAUCUACCUCGACUCUCCCGAGCUACGUCUAUUCUGACGGCGAGUGCAGCGAGCGAAAUCAAACGGAGCAAGCCACUCAAGUAUGCGUACGAAAAGGAAAUUGUGCUCUACGCCCACCACAAGAAGCUGGAUUACUUCAGCACGGAAUGUAUCUAUUCACCCGAGGCAUUCCGUGGCACUGCAAGAACGUUGAUCAAAGAUUUGGAAAAAAUCAGACCCAGCAGCAUCUUGGACAUUGUCAGGAGUGGAGAGGAUAUGGCCACAUUGGUGCCCCCGGAAGUCAGGAGCGCCGCAACGUGCGGUGCGCAUGCCGAGGAAGAUACGAAUGGCUGUGGAUCUGGCGGUGCAGCUGGUGACUCAAUGGCAAAGAUCGAGGAGCAACUGGUUGCGAACACGUUGGCCGGCGAGAGAGAAACCGAGAUCAAAAUCCCCGAGGCUGCUCAAGUAUCUCGGCGGACCUCGAAGUCUUCUGCCACAAACACCCACGAUGGACGACCGAAGCGACAGCGUCGAAAGAUCGUCAAGCAAGUCAUGGGCCAGUGUGAAAAAUGUGGCUACCUAUCGAGCCAGAGGAUCUGCAAAGCAUGUACCUUACUUGAGGGUCUCAACAAAAGUCGACCUCGCAACGCUAUCGAAAUAAGCAAUGGGGACCAGCAAGAGAGCACGGCCUUGACGAGCCGUGUGGCAGAUCUUUCGAUCUCUGCUGGCUGAAGAUUGCUCAAGCAGUCUUUCGCCGUGAAGCUAUCCGUCGGUCGAGCAUUGCGGCCAAUGCGGUACAUGCGUUUCCAACGAGCAACAUUGCUAUCUGUACGCUCAAAAUCAACGAUCUCGAUACGUAGUUCUUCCACGUCAAGGCAGGCCUCGAACCUCUGGAAAAUGUCGAAUCGACGAAGUCAAAGGGGGGUCGAGCGCCCAAGUGGUCGACAGCCACUGACAGACCGCUGCUGAAUCCAUCCUCGUGAAAGCCGUAUUUCGUCCAAGCUCCACAGUAACUGAUGUUCCUGGUGUUCUGAAUGCGCGGCAACAGUUUCUGGGACCUGAUGGCGGUGGCGUUGUACAGGGGAUGAGAAUACUCCCAGAUACCUUGGGCCAGCCGAGGCUCCGGCAUGUUCAGUGGAUUCAGUGUUACCAAUACCGGGCCAUAUUCGUCUUCUGGUAUGUGUUGCAACAGGUUCAUCCAGUACGUCAGGCAUACCUUUGAGACGUUCUGGCUGUUGGUGGGAGGGAAGGGGGAUUCUGUGAUAUAGUUCCAGGCGGACCAUGCUAUACGUCUCUUUGGCAUCAAAGCGAGGUCCGAGUGGAGGACCGCAACAUUUCUACUCGUCUGGAACCCAGAGAGUAUGCCGACCUCUUCCUCCGUCGCCGCAGACUUCAGUAUCUCCAGCGCUUGAUCACCGUGGGUCGCGAGGAUGACGUGGUCGAAUUCAUGAUCCCUCCCGUUGGUGGUGAGCACGACCCUCCCGUCCAGUGGCCGUACCGCCGUCACCUUGCUCUUGACGUGUAUACGGCUCCUGUCGAAGCCUCGGAGCACGGCGUCGAGGUAGCGCCUCGACCCUCCCGGUAUGGUCAUCCAGUCUGGGCGUUUGGCGACGGUGCUCAAGAGGUGGUGGUUGUACAUGAAGCGGACCAACGUGACGGCGGGGAACUCCAGGGAGCAUUUAUCCGGGCUCGUACUCCAGACGGCGGCCGUCAUGGGGAUCAGGUAGUCGUCCCGGAAUUCCCGGGAGUAGUUUUCUCUGUCGAGAUAAUCACCGAUACUUUCUUGGGCUGCCGCCACCUGCUUGGUCUUGGUGGUCUUGGUUGCUGUUCGCACUUCGUCUGUAGAUUGAUUUUCGUCCUCGCUCUCUUCAUCGUCAUCGGACUCGGCCUGAAGGAGGUCCAAGGCGAACUCGUUGAAGCGGACAAUGUCGAAUAUCAUCCUCCACAUUCCAGGGCUGAAGACGUUUUUGGUCUGGGCAAAGACGGAACCGAGAGAGGUCCCGGCCCACUCGAAGCCGCCCUGGUCGCGGGAGACCCCGAACGUCAUCUCCGUCCUCCUCGUCGAGACCCCGACUUGGUCCAAAAAUCGUACAAAGUUGGGGUAGGUCGCGCUGUUCAUGACGAUGAAGCCGGUGUCGACGUCGACGGGGGUCC